UUCCAAAGAACUUCUUGUAAAACUCCAUUAUGUAUCAGGUGAGAGGAGUGGAUGUCAAUACUCAAUAAUCAUAUCCCCAUGCUCCUUACGUCCCUACGCACCAUCUCUUGGUUAUUGUUAACCACUUUGCCUCAGUCUCAGUCUCAAACACCCGCUGAUCACAGUUUUUCUGUUUGUAAUGAGCAGUCAUACAACUGCGGAACAUUGUCCAACAUCUCCUAUCCUUUCUGGGGACUCAACCGAUCCCGUCAAUGUGGCCGCGGUGGUGACGCAUUCAAGCUCACAUGCCAUGAUGAUAAGACUACUUCAAUCCGAAUUGCCACUCAAAAUUUCACAGUGAAGGACAUCAACAUCACCGCUCAAACCAUGAUAUUGGUGCGAGCAGACCUUGCCCUCAACGUUUGUUCUCCACAAUUUGGGGACACUUAUUUGAGUCCUAGUCUGUUCCAGUAUGGUUCAUCCGUGUACAACAUCACCAUAUUCUACAAUUGCUCCUCCACAUCCAAUAUAGAUACCAGUCUUGCGGCAUUCAAGUGCGGAUAUGAGAAUACUCUCUUUACUGAUGGUGUAGAAUAUGAGCUGUUGAGAACAUUUCCAUGGCUUGAGAGAUGCGGGCGACAAGUCCAAGUGCCGCUAGAUGUUGUUUAUGAUAGUAACGGUGGGCGUGAUUUUCUGAAACAAGCUUUCACUAGCGGCUUUCUGGUCAACUAUACUGUUCUCAACACUGUUACUGUUGACAAUAGUAAAGUUAAUUUGACAAGGAAAAUCAUCGUAGCUGUUGGUGUGGUAAUGGGAGGAUUCAUAACAUGCAUCGUAAUAAUUUACUGUUGUAGCUGUAAAUAUAUGUCAUCAACACAAGUAAAAUUUUGGUUGACGGGAAAGAAUGACCUAGAUAUCGAAGCAUUCUUAAAAGAUCGUGGAACUCUAGCACAAAAGAGAUAUAAAUUUUCAGAAGUCAAGAAAAUGACCAACUCCUUCAAAGUUAAACUGGGUGAAGGUGGCUUUGGUGCUGUAUACAAAGGAGAGCUACUCAGUGGUUGCCCUGUGGCCGUAAAAAUAUUAAAUUCAUCUAAAGGAAAUGGUGAAGGCUUUAUCAAUGAGGUUUCUAGCAUUAGUAGAACUGCUCAUGUUAAUGUUGUCACACUUUUUGGAUUCUGCUUGGAAGGCAGCAAGAAAGCUCUCAUCUAUGAAUUUAUGCAUAAUGGUUCCCUUGACAAGUUUAUUUACAACAAGGGACUUGAAGCUACUGCAUCAUUGAGUUGGGAUAAUUUGUGGCAAAUUUCCUUAGGGAUAGCCCGAGGACUAGAGUAUUUGCAUAGGGGAUGCAACACUCGUAUCUUACAUUUUGAUAUAAAACCACAUAACAUUCUUCUGGACGAGAACUUUUGCCCCAAGAUAUCAGAUUUUGGGCUUGCAAAGCUUUGUCCUAGGAAAGAGAGCAUUAUUUCCAUGUCAUAUGCUAGAGGGACAGUAGGAUAUGUUGCUCCAGAAGUGUGCAACAAACACUUUGGUGGAAUUUCACACAAAUCUGAUGUCUACAGCUAUGGAAUGAUGCUGCUUGAAAUGGUGGGAGUGAAGAAGAAUAUUAAUGCAGAAGUCAGUCAGACAAGUGAGUACUUCCCAGAUUGGAUAUAUAGCAGGCUAGAGCAGGGUGGAGAUUUGACAACUGAUGGGGAGAUAGCCACAGAAGAAAAAGAGAUGGCAAGGAGAAUGACUAUAGUGGGCUUAUGGUGUGUUCAAACAAUUCCACAAGAUAGACCUACAAUGAGUAGAGUAAUAGAUAUGCUAGAAGGCAGCAUGAAUUCCCUAGAAAUGCCUCCAAAACCUGUUCUUUCUUCUCCAGCUAGAUCGGUGCCAGAAUUUACCACUAGUUCUUUGCAAUCUGGGUAGAUCUUUCAAGUUAUUUUGUAAAACAGACCACUCAACAUGAUUAUGUUGUACUUUUAAUUCAUUUUGAAACAAAGUGGACGCCGUACAUGUGCAAACAAAUUGAAUUCAAAUGCUAGACCAAACUGUGUGUUAUGCAUACUGCUAUGUAAGUAAGAGUCAGGGUCAAAUAUAAUUGUUGCUGUAAGUGAGACGAAAGUUGUUGACUCUCAUGAAAUCAAUUACAAAGGAUGGACAAGUGGCAAAUGUGUCUUCCUUUUUCUUGAUA